AUGACAGAAAAUUAUUAUCAAAUAUUAGAAAUACAAAAAACUGCUACCAUAGGGGAAAUUAAAAAGGAAGCAGAGGAAAAGUUUAAGAAAAUUAAUGAAGCUUAUAGUACUCUAAUUAAUCCUAUUAAGAAAAGUGAAUAUGAUACUUCUAUGUUUGUGGGAGAGUUUAGCUCUGAUUUUGAUACCCAGAGCUUGUUUGAUAUUGAGUUAAGUUCAAUUCAUAGUUCGGGAGGAGCAGUUAUUGGACUUGAUGAUAAUAGUACGAGAGAAUAUCAAGAAGCUAAAAGGCGAAUUAUAGAGAACAUUAAGAGGACAAUUAAUGAUUGA